AUGGACACCAUGCCCAAAGGGAGCAAAUAUCCCCCGGCGCAGACCUUCGUCCUGGGCUGCGGCGUGGCCGGGCUUUCGGCCAUCGGCACCUCCAAAGCCAUGGGCUCCGUGGUGCGCGCCUGGGACGUGCGCGACGUCAGCGACCAGGUGCAGUCCAUGGGUGCCAAGUGGGUGAGCGUUGAUUUCAAGGAGAGUGGAGAGGGUGCUGGAGGUUACGCAAAGGAAAGUUCUGACGCCUUCAAGAAAGUCCAACAGGAGACCUUCAAGAAGGUGCUCUCUGAGGUAGACAUCGCGAUCAGCACCGCCGCCAUUCCGGGGAGGCCCUCCCCGUUGCUGAUCACCAAAGAUGCCGUCAUGGCAAUGAAGCCUGGGAGUGUCAUCGUCGAUUUGGCAGCCAUUGGCGGUGGCAACUGUGAGUUGACGAAGCUGAACGAGACCUACACCACGGACAAUGGUGUGACCAUCAUUGGCUUUGCCAACCUGCCAGCCCGCAUGGCCGAGCAAGCGAGCGCCAUGUAUGCGCAGAACAUGGCAAAUCUGCUGCGCCAUGUCCACGCGAAAGGCAAAGCUGCUGCCUUCAUUCCAAACCUCUACGGGGCCUUGGAUCAGGGCGAAGAGGGCGAUAUCGUGUCCCGCAGCAUCGUGUGUUGCAAGAGCGGCAACCCGGUGGCGAUGCCACCGCCUCCGCAGCCGACACCCAUCAAGCCCAAGCCCGUGAGUGCGCAGGAACAAGCCAAGAAGACAGCAAAUCCCUUCAACACAGCCCUGAUCUCUGCCACGGUGCUGACCUUCACGUGUUGCUGCAUGGUGGGCUUGGGUGAAGGAGUGUCUACGUCCUUGUUGAGCACAUUCCUUCUGGCAGGUGCGGCCGGAUACCAAGCGGUUUGGGGCGUGGCUCAUGCCUUGCACACGCCCUUGAUGUCUGUGACCAAUGCCAUCAGUGGCAUGACGGCCAUCGGCGGCUUGCUGCUGCUGGACAGAUCGAGCUCCUGGUUCGCUCAGUUUCUGGCGCUGAUCGCUGUGCUGGUCUCCGCAGUGAACAUCAUCGGCGGCUUCGUCGUCUCGCAGCGGAUGCUGAACCUCUUCAAGAAGGAAGGGGAGAAGGACUACUCGCCCUUUAUGCUGCUGCCGGGCUUGGUGUUCCUGAUCGUAUGCCUCACAAAGCCUGAGCUUUUGAAGGCGGUCAGCACCGUGAGUGCGCUGCUGUGCAUCGCGGCCAUUGGCGGCCUGGCCACGAUGAGCACGGCCAACAGCGGCUGCAAAUUCGGCAUGGUGGGAGUCUUCGGCGCAAUGGCCGCAGCAAUG